AUGUACACCCCGACCAUAACCUCGGAGCACAUCCUUCGCGUUAAUUCCGACGACAAUGACGAUUACUACCCAGAAGAAGCAGCCCAAAUCCCCCGACACGGCUGCACUUACAUCCUGUGCGCCACCUCCGACAACGGCAACGUGCUGACGCUCCUCGACGGCUCCGUCGUGUUAGCCGCGCGAGGCGCAACCCACGGAUCCAUCUACUGGGAGUGCGUCGAGACGCAGGGUUGGUUCGGGUGGCGGAACUGUAGCUCGAGUAGGUUUGUGUGUCAUGAUGGGAAUGGGAGGCUCAAGUGUACGGCCGAGUUGGGGAGUGGGUGGCGCCAGUUUACUGUGACGCCGGUGCCCAAGGGCGGGUAUGUGAUGCAGAUGCUGGAUUGGUGGACGCUGAGGCCUGUGGUGGUUGAUGAGGAGAGGGGGCUGAGGAAGUUGGGGAGGAAUGGGGAUAAGUUGUCGGAAGGGGUGGUGUGGGAAUUUAUCAAGGUUAACCCAAACUUGGGUAGUUAG